AUGUCAAGAGCAUCUUCCAUAAAACAACACCACUCUCUCACUCAGUCUAAAAACGCCAUAGCUACUAACGAUUUACAAGAAGACGUAUUCAUAGAAGACGAAGAUGAAGAGGAAGAUACUGCUGGUGGUGGUGUGACCAGGCGCCUUUACUUGAAGCCCACACAUGCCACCGGCACUCUCAGCAAACAGGUGGUCCUCCGCCGUAUCCGCCACCGUAAGCGCAUGAAUAUGGUGAGAUCCACCGUCAACUCUCUUUUCGCUUCCAUCUCUGCCGCCACUCCGACUCCUACCUCCACCUCCAGCAAGAUCAAAUGGAUCGACGACCCUUUCACUGCCCCCUAG